GCUUUUCUUACUUCUUGCUGCGAUAUAUCUUAACCAUUCGACUGCCAAUCGGUCUCUACAGCUGCCGCAACUAUCUUAGCCACAAUCCGUGUUGCGCGGGCUCUCAGACCGGCCCUAUCUCGCCUUGGGCGUCAGGAGAAGGUCCGCUGCAUCUGGAGUGCACGCGUCGAGUCCGCCGCGACCACCACCACCACGCGACUCUCGCCACCUGCAUCGUUGCCUUUCCUGCACCGGCAGCCAGUGCCCUUCGCCAACAACAUGUCCGACUCUGAAGACGAUCGGCCUCUCGUGGCCAAGUCAAAGCCAACGGUCACACAAAACGACAUGGACACAACCGCAGACUCCCCCAGCGUCCUGCCGGGAGUCAGUAUAGCGAACGGUCCGGUCGGAGGGAUGGACAUCGAUACUCCUAUGACCAAUGGCAACACGAAUGGAACCACGAAUGGAGUCCCGCACGGCACGAAGCGGAAAUCAUCGCUCGCGAAUGGAAAGAGCUACAAGGAUCACAGCGAAUCCGACGAAGAUGAUCUUCCACUGAAGAAGCGCAAGAAGGCAGCUGCGUCCGAGUCCGAGGACGAAGACGAUGUGCCACUUGUCAAGAAAGUGGUGAAGCCGAUCAAAGCCACAGCAGCACAGCUCGGGGAAGACAGCGGUGAUGAGCCCAUCACUCAGAAGCUGCAGAAGGAGAAGAUUUCUAUCGAGAAGAAGGCCGAGAAGGAAGCCAAGGCCAUUCGUAGCAAGGAGGCUGCUGCAAAGAAGAAAGUGAAGAAAGAAGAGAGCAGCGACGAAGACGAUAAGCCUCUCGCAAAGAAGCGGGCUCCAGCUAAGAAGGCGAACGGCACCAGAUUGAAGAAAGAGGAGUUUUCUGAUGACGACAAGCCACUGAAAAAGAAGGCACCCGCCAAAAAGACUGCCGUGAAGAAGGAGGCUACCACUCCUGCAAAGAAAGGCAAAGGAAAGGCCAAAGAGGAGUCUCCAGCGGAGGGUGGUGAAGAGGAGGAGGAGGAGGAGGAAUAUCGCUGGUGGGAGGAUCCGCAAAAAGGCGACGGCACUAUCAAGUGGACUACACUCGAGCACAACGGAGUGGUGUUCCCACCAGAGUACGAACCAUUACCGAAGAAUGUGCAGAUGAUAUACGAUGGGACGCCAGUGACGCUUCACAAGGACGCCGAAGAAAUUGCACACGCUUUUGGUAGCAUGCUCAACUCGACGCACAACGUGGAAAACCCAACAUUCCAGAAGAACUUUUUCGCCGACUUCAAGGAGAUGCUUGACAAGACUGGACAUGGCAAGGACAGAGAUGGCAAGCAGGUAAAAAUUUUGAAAUUCGAAAAGUGCGACUUCAAGCCUAUUUUCAACCACGUGGAUGCCGAACGCCAGGCCAAGAAAGCUUUGCCAGCCGCUGAGAAGAAGAGGUUGAAGGCUGAGAAAGAUGAAGCUGAGGCGCCGUAUCAGUAUUGCAAAUGGGAUGGCAGAAAGCAGAAGGUUGGCAACUUUCGGGUCGAACCUCCAGGACUUUUCCGUGGCCGUGGCGAGCAUCCCAAGACCGGGAAGUUCAAGAAGCGGGUCUUGCCGGAGCAGAUCACCAUCAACAUCGGCAAGGACGCGAUGGUUCCCGUGCCACCAGAGGGCCACACUUGGAAGGAAGUGAAGAACGAUCAAGAGGGCACCUGGCUUGCUAUGUGGCAAGAGAAUAUCAAUGGGGCCUACAAGUAUGUCAUGCUUGCAGCCAACUCCGACAUCAAGGGUCAAAGCGAUUACAAGAAGUUUGAGAAAGCUCGGGAGCUGAAGAAGCACAUUGACCGCAUCCGCAAAGACUAUGAGAAAGAACUCAAAUCGGAGGUCAUGGCCAACAGGCAGCGCGCGACGGCGACGUACCUGAUUGACCGUUUUGCUCUUCGUGCCGGAAACGAAAAAGGAGACGACGAAGCUGACACAGUCGGUUGCUGUUCGCUAAAGUUUGAGAACGUCACCCUUAAACCUCCGAAUAAGGUCAUCUUCGAUUUCCUUGGAAAGGACUCCAUCCGCUUCUACGAUGAAGUGGACGUCGACGCCCAGGUCUUCAAGAACCUGAAGAUCUUCAAGAGAUCGCCGAAGAAGGAAGGCGACGAAAUCUUCGACCGCCUUACUACCUCCGGCCUCAACAAGCAUUUAUCGAACUACAUGACUGGUUUGACUGCCAAGGUCUUCCGUACCUACAAUGCCUCGUUCACUAUGGCCACCUUGCUCAAAGAUAUGAAAGCAGAGGGAACGGUAGCCGACAAGGUCCUUGCCUACAAUGCUGCCAAUCGCAAGGUUGCGAUUCUCUGUAACCACAAGCGUACUGUGGCUGCAUCGCACGAGCAGCAGAUGGAAAAGAUGGAAGACAAGAUUAAUGGUCUUCGGUACCAACAGUGUCGUAUCAAGCGCAUGAUGCUUGACCUGGAGCCGAAGCUGAAGAAGAAGAAGGGUGAGGGGUUCUUCGCACUGCCCGAUGGACUGGACGCAGAGUGGCAGGAAAAGCACCAUGCGGCCUUGGUUGAAGAGUCGAAAACUAAGAUCACCAAGAAGUUCGAAAAAGAGAACGAGAAGCUAGCAGCAGAGGGAGAAAAGGAAAUGAAGCCAAAAGAGCUCGAAGAGCGUCUUCAACCGAUGCGCGAACUUGAGAAGAAACUUAAGAAGGAGCUCAAGACCGGCAAGGUUGAGGCCGAGGGCAAGUCGGCUUCCAUCGAAAAGUACGAAAAGGACAUUGAGAAGCUCGACACGCGUAUCGCCACUCUGCAGACCCAGGCAGAGGAUCGCGACAACAACAAGGAGGUUGCACUGGGUACCUCGAAGAUCAACUACAUUGAUCCUCGUCUCACUGUCGUUUUCAGCAAGAAAUUCGAUGUGCCUAUCGAGCGCUUCUUCUCCAAGACACUGCGAGAGAAGUUCGACUGGGCUAUCAAGUCUGUCGAUGAGGAUUGGGAAUUCUAAAACGAUGCGCACGCAUCAUUACCAUCAGCGCUCUGCAUGGACACACGGGCAUGGCGCAGGGCAUUUGAGGCUUAGCGGAAUGAUUCGGGAGGGCAUGUUCUGCUCCACUGUUUCCUGAUUGGGGCAAGGAAUAAAAGAAAAAGCGUGGUUCUGCCUCGAUGGCUCAAACCUCAUGAUGUUAUUUAUGAUGAUGAUGAUACCAACCAAGUUCCCC